CUCUGUGGCACGUUGCGGUUCGGGUCCAGGUGUGCCAUGAAGACAGUGCGCUGAAAUUUCUCAUUCCGCCUCAAAAGCCCUCCCCAGUUCAUGUCCUGUCCAUCGACUUUUCUCUCCAUCCACCUCAUAACUCCAUCCAUCUGAGUCAGUCUGCUGACUGUCAUGGCUUCCACUGCUUUAUUGCUGCUGGCUCUCUCCUCCUUCCCCUCCCUCACAGUGGCGGUUUUGUUUGGUGAGCCCAGAAUAUACGGUGAGGAUGCUACUGGUUAUGGCCCCAUAUUUGAAGAGGAGCCUGUGGAUGUGGUUUACAUCGAAGACUCACCCGAUGGGAGAAUCUCCAUGAACUGCAGAGCACGUGCUAACCCCCCAGCUACAUACAGGUGGCGUCGGGAUAACUGGGAAAUCAAGCUCAUGGAGCAGCCAGAUGAACACUACAGCCUGGUGGGGGGGAAUUUGGUGAUCACCAAUCCAAUACAGAAGAAACAUGCUGGGACGUACGUCUGUGUGGCCAAGAAUAUUUACGGCACCGUUAUCAGCAAAGAAGCCAGAGUCAAGUUUGGAUUUCUGGGUGAGUUUCCUGAUGAAGAGAGAGACCCAGUUUAUGUCAAAGAAGGACAGGGAGCAGUUCUGUUGUGUGUACCUCCAAAAGCCUGGCCACAGGAGGUUACCUACCGCUGGAUCUACAAUGAGUUCCCAGUGUUCCUGAACACAGACCGUCGUAGGUUUGUCUCCCAGAAGACUGGGAACCUCUACAUUGCCAAGGUGGAAGCUCAGGAUGCGGGAAACUACUCUUGCUUUGUUUCUAGUCCCGUCUUAGGGAAGAGUGUUUUCUCCAAAUUCAUCCCUCUCAUCCCCUUACCCCCCGAUGAUGGUGAGGAGAGAAAAUACCCAGCAGACAUCAGGGUGAAGUUCCCAGAUACGACUGCCAUGCUGGCCUCUAAUAUUACAUUAGAAUGCUUUGCUCUUGGAAAUCCCAUCCCACAUAUUGUAUGGAGGAAGGUUGAUGCCACAGACCUCCCAGCUAAUCAUGAAAUCAGUGAAUCGGGGGCUGUGCUUCAUCUGUUUAAUGUACAGUACGAAGAUGUGGGAUUUUAUGAGUGUGAAGCCAUCAACACUAAAGGAAAGGACUGGCACAAGGCCUGGCUCUAUGUGGAGUCUGCUCCGGAGUGGGCAGAGACCAUCAAUAACACGAUGAAAGACAUUGGCUCAGAGCACACCAUGCGCUGUGUGGCAUCAGGGAAACCCUUCCCUUUCAUCCGCUGGUAUAAAGAUGGAUAUAUGUACGGUAAAGGUGAGCUGAAGUUUUCCAGCCUGACUUUUGCUGACUCCGGGAUGUAUCAGUGCAUCGCUGAGAACUACUGGGGCAUCAAAUACGCCAACGCUGAGCUGCGAGUCAUCGCCUGUGCGCCAACAUUUGAGUUCAACCCUGUGAAGAAGCAGCUUCUCGGAGCUAAAGACGGACGUGUGGUGAUUGAGUGUAAACCCAGAGCGGCUCCUAGACCUCGAUUCACCUGGACAAAGGGCAAAGAGCUCCUCUACAACAGCUCACGCAUUUCAAUCAUGUUUGAUGGGAGUCUGGAGAUCUUGAAUGCCACCAAAAACGACGAAGGGGUUUACACCUGCUUUGCGGAGAAUGACAGAGGAAAGGCCAACAGCUCUGGCUAUCUCACCAUCACAGAGGCUACCAGCAUCACAGUAGCACCUGAAGACACUGAGGCCAAAGUUGGUGACGAGGUGAUUCUGAAGUGUGAAGCUUCAUACGACCCCAUGCUGGACAUCACAUUUAUCUGGGCUAUAGACUUCAGAGUCAUCGACUUUAAUUCAGAGUGGCAACAAUAUGAACGUGUCAUGAACGAAGACGGUGUUGGCGACCUGAAAAUAUUGAACGCUCAAAUUUGGCACGAAGGUCGCUACACCUGCACGGCUCAGACUGUUGUGGACAGUGACACUGCCUACUGUGAUCUCAAGGUUGUAGGUGUUCCUGGUCCUCCUGGUGUGAUUCGGGUGGAAGAGAUUGGGGACACGUGGGUGAAGCUGUGGUGGACUAAAGGAGCUGAGCAUAAUAGCCCUAUUCUCUACUAUACCAUUCAGACCAGACACUACUGGGCUCUAUAUGAAGAUGACUGGAGGAAUGCCAGCACUUCUCCAACUGUUCUUGAUGGCAGUAUGGAGAGAGCAGAGGUGACAGACUUGUAUCCUUGGAUGGAAUAUCAGUUUAGGAUCAUUGCUACUAAUGAGUAUGGCUCUGGAGAGGCUAGUAUCCCCUCCCUCAAGAUCAAAACCUGGGACGCUCCACCAGUUGUUUCUCCCACCAAUCUGGCCGGUUAUGGAGGUCGAAAUGGUGAGAUAAUCAUCACGUGGACACCCGUGGAGCCUUGGUACUUCUAUGGUAAGAAGUUUGGCUACAUCGUGGCGUUUAAGCCUCACGAUGCUUACGACUGGUGGUACGAGACCAUCUCGGACCCUGAGACAAGACGACACGUUCACAGAGACACAUACUUCAUCCCCACUGAGGAAGACUUCCAAGUGCGAGAGUUUCAGGUGAAGAUCAAGUCAUUUAAUGUUAAAGGAGACGGACCCUACACCCUCACAAAGGUCAUCUACUAUCCACGAGAUGUACCUAUAGAAUCUCCAACAGAUAUCUAUGCUAGGCCUGUGUCCUCCACUGAAGCUCUGGUUUGGUGGCUGCCAGUGGUUGACACUGGAACAGGCCUACAACAGUAUAUUGAGGGAUACCAGGUCAGAUACUGGAGAAAAUAUGAUGAUCCGGAACCAGGUGCCAAUCGUAUUUUUGUCUCAGCCUCAGUCAAUCAGACAAGGCUGGAAAAUAUGCUGCCAGAUUCACACUACCUCAUCGAGGUCCGUGCCUACAAUGGAGCAGGCCUCGGACCCCCUGGAGAAAUGUGUGAGAUGUUCACCAAGAGGCCACCACCACCAGAUCCUCCCAGGAUGUGGCGAUACAUCAGUUGGACAGGGAAAUGGCUGUAUGUGUGGUGGGAUCAUAUCCAGUACGACUGGUUUGGUAAUAUUUCCUUCCCGCUGUACUACAAGGUCAUGUUCAGAAAGUCAGGCUACAUCUAUGGGAAGGUCUACAUCACUGGAUGGCACUUCAUGGACUUCCCCAUGCCUCAGGUUGGAGAUUAUGAACUGAUGGUGCGCGGCCGUUAUGAAGGAGGAGACGGCCCAAUCAGGAGGAUUAAGAUUCUGGGUCAUGCAUCUACAAUCACGCCCACCUUAAGCCUGGUGUCUUUGGUGCUGCUGGCACUGUGCGUUGUGGGACUGGAAAUUUAAGCCUGCCUCGAGCAACAUGUAUAUAACAGACUCUGGGAAGCAAAUACACGGACCAUAUUGAGGAUCUAGUCUUUAUUAUCAGUCUUCACAUUGAUGCUCACUGUCUAAGAUGUCACAUCUUGCAUCCUUCUAGCUUUUGUUCAGGUGUAACACAACACUGGAAAAAGAAAAUUGUUUCUCAAAAAUAAGAUUUGUUGUUAAUCCAAAUGCUUUUCUAGACCAAUUACCAACCACAUUAGUCUACCAUCAUAUGACAAGAUCUAAAAUGUCUUGAAUGGAUUAUAUGACAAGGCACAUGAUUCUCCAAACACUGUGUAGAUAGAAAUAAAUGCACAAGGAAAAGAAAGUUUAAGUUGUUCGUUAAGCGAAAAGUGCGAUCUUCCAGUCUCUUAAGUUAUUUUCUAUUAAUUUUUUUUGUUGGAAAAAUUAUGAUUUUUUUAAAAACAGACAGUCUCCGUCUCUCUGUUUGUUAAAUCAGUCAUUCGUAUGUACACAAAAAUAUAAUAAGAAAUGCUUUUGGUUAUUUUAAAAAAAAUGUUUAUGAAAGGUAUGUAAGUUAUUUGUGUGAGCGUUUUUUCUUCUUUUAAAAAAAAUGUAUUUAUUGAAACAGGAGUAAUGCUACCAAUGACAGGGACAGAAUGUUGGUGGGGGAGCUGUGGGUUUCGCAAUGACUCUAAAUUAUGAUUCAGAGUUAUUAACAAUGAAAGGCAUAUCGCUUUGACAUCUACUACUGUAUAUCACCUGAAUCUAUACGCUAACUUCCUUUGUGUCAAGCUGCAAAACCAUUAAACCGAAUACAACAAA